CCCAAAUAAAAGUCAAAAUAUUCAAAAUCUUCCGCUUUACACGCGAAUCGUACCAAAUUCAUCAAGAUUUUGCCAUAUGGAUACGAAAAACAAUACGAAAUUUAUACUCCAAAACCCCAAAAUAAUUUACAAUUUAUAGUCUCGACUCUCGAAAAGCCUCUGACAAAGGGGCACACACGCCACACCAGCUGUUUGUUAAAUCUCACCGAUCUUCCAAAGAUCUCAGCUCAGUUAUGUCUGCUUGGAGGAAUCGGCUAUUGAAUGCUGCUAAGAAGAUGAUUCAGUGAAGAAGAAGAAGACAAAGAAUUUGUAAACUCUACUUCAAAGAUCACUGUAAUGGCAGAAACUAUUGUGUUCUGGAAUAAGGAUGCUCUCAUAAUCAAGCCUCCAAAGAAGUCUUCUUCACCAGUUUUAAGACUAAUUGUAUUAAUAUUUUCAAUGGUGUUUGGUGUUUACAUUUGUUCAAUUUGUUUUAAACAAAUAAACAUCCAAACAAAGAACACGUUUCUUGAUAUUCAAGUAAUCCAAAGGCAAUGUUACAACGCCUUCAUUGAUCGAUCAGAAAUCCCUUUCUUGCAUUACCCAAAUCCCAAAACUUUCAAAAGAUUGGAAUGUGUUGGGAAUCCUGUGCGAUUGUUUGCAAUUUUGUCAAUGCAAAGAUCAGGAAGUGGGUGGUUUGAGACUUUAUUAAAUAGUCAUAUAAAUGUUAGUUCAAAUGGUGAAAUUUUUGGUCAAAAAUUUAGGAGAAAUAAUAUUUCAUCAAUUAUUAAAACACUUGAUAGUGUUUAUAAUUUGGAUUGGCUAACUAGUUCUUCCAAGAAUGAGUGUUCUGCUGCAAUUGGCUUCAAAUGGAUGCUUAAUCAGGGUUUGAUGGAACACCCUAAAGAAAUUGUGGACUACUUCAACGAUAAGGGCGUUUCCGUAAUUUUCUUAUUAAGAAGAAAUAUGCUUCGUAGAUUGGUUUCAAUUCUUGCAAAUUCUUACGAUAAAGAUGCCAAAAUUUUAAACGGCAUACACGUGUCUCAUGUCCACUCACACGAGGAGGCUUCAAAGCUUUCUAAAUACAAACCUACAAUCAACACAUCAUCACUAACAUUGGAUUUGAGAGAAAUGGAAGCAACAGCCAUGAAAGCACUCGAGUUCUUCAAUGGAACAAGACACAUGGUUCUUUACUAUGAAGAUCUUAUCACAAACCCAUCUAAACUUAAACAAGUUCAAGACUUUUUGAAGAUCCCACGUAUGGAGUUGACCAGUAGGCAAGUCAAGAUUCACAAAGGGGCGUUAUCGGAACAUAUAAUGAAUUGGGUUGAUAUUAACAAGACUCUUUAUGGGACUAGUUAUGAGAAGUUUCUUGAAGCUGACUAUUGAUUUUUGCAAUAUGUAAAUAAGCAUUUAUCGAAGAAAUUCUUCCAUCGAAAAGGACAAAAAAGGAUUUUUUUUUUUUGGUUGGUUGUCUUAGGUUAUUACAUAGGAUUGUUUUUUUGGUUGUUGUAGGAUAGAUAUGUUUUUGGUAGGUUAGGGG